GUAAGGCAGUUUGUGAGAGUUUCUGGCAUACUUGAUAUUUAAAAUCUCGAUAGAACGCAGACGAUUAUUGUCACAAGAAACCACAUCAACACAGCGAAGGAAAUAUUACAAGCAAGAUCUAGUUUGAAGUAAUAAAGGCAACAAACUUAAAGAUGGAGAUGAAACCUCUUCAUGCUGAUGCCCAGAAUCAUCAGAAUGGUAAUGGCAACACCAGGCCCUUUAUACCUGCAAGCUCACACAGAAUGAUGUUUCCUACAAAGAACAGAUUUGGUAAUUAUCAAGCAACUCGAGCUGACAAAGUCAUUCUUGUAGCUGCGCUUUUUCUCAAUACUUUCCUCCUAAUUCUCGCGUGUGGAGCUUUAUUUGUUGGGAUUUAUUUGAACACUUACCGGGGGAGUUACGUUGAUUUAUGUUCUGACAAUGAAUGGUUUGUUGCCGCUGGCUGCAUGCUUGCGGUCGGUUCUAUACUUCUCAUCAUUGUAAUCAUGGUGUUUGUCGCAGCUUGUUACAAGAAAUCAAGAUUGAUGGCAUUAUCAAUCUUAUUCCUGUUUCUCUUAUUUCUCUGCGAAAUGACAACUGGGGUUUACGCAUUCGCCAGAAGAGAAUUCAUUGACGAAAGAUUUGCCACGUGUAUGAUAGACGCGUACCAAAAUAGAUACAUGGACCCAGAAUUUCCUCACGUCACAGAAGCCUGGGACCUCUUCCAAGACAGGUUUGAUUGCUGUGGUGUUAAUGAUCCGCUGGAUUAUCUUGCAAACAAGCGCUUUCAUAAUGCUCCCAAAGCAUGUGGCGGACGAAAAGAAGAUGCCGCUGGACGACAUCCAUGCUACAGAGUGAUAAAAGAACGAGUGCUUGACAACUUUUACAUUAUUGGAGGUGCUGCUAUUGGUAUUGCGCUCAUCCAGGUUCUAGCGAUGAUUCUUAAUGGAUUACUUCUUCGCAUCUAUCACAAAAGGGAGGAAUUUGAGUGAGCUAAAAAAUGCAAACAUUUUAGAUGUAAAAUAUUUUGUUUUACCAGGUUUUAAAUAUUUAACGCAUCAUUUUGUAUGUACGAAUCCAUAUCUUGCAUAUAUUUAGGAAGGAAUUCGCGAACCGGUUUUAUAUAUUCAUUGACUGCCUAAUUCUUAGGUUUUAAAUGUUAACUUUUGGCGUGUCUUGAUUUGAAAAUUUAUAAGAAUGCAAUUUAAAGCGACCAAAAAUGUCAGCGGCAAAAGAAAAUAUUAAUCCUUUAAAGUCGAUGGUUGCAAAGAUAAAUUGUGCAUGAAUUUUACGCACAGAAGGGUAUUUCAGAAGCACAAUAAGUUUGUGAAGGACUUCCCUAGAAGACGUUGUCAUGCUCAUUCAAGAUCAAUAUUUGUAUUCGUCAAUCAUCAACGUAUAGUUUUUUACGCAAGAUGGUAUAAUUACGACUGUACUGUAUGAAUACACUGUAUGUACAUAAGUGUAAAGAAAGAAUAAAGAGAAUGCUAAAGAAACUGUUUUCAUUAAAGCCGCGAAGUUUUCAAAGAG